AUGUCUGGUAUAGGAGGUAAAGUAGUCCCAAAAUUUCGCGACGUGUUUCGAACUCCGCACAAAGAGGUACUGCAGUGGUUCCCUGGGCACAUGGGUAAAGGCCUAAAGCAAAUGCAGAAACAAUUGACAAUGGUUGAUUGUGUGAUAGAAGUACACGACGCUCGGAUACCAAUAUCGGGAAGAAACCCAAACUUUAGACAUACGGUUACCGGUUUGAAGCCGCAUAUAUUUGUUUUAAACAAAAAAGACUUGGCUGAUAGUAGCUAUCAAGAUGCAGCGACAAAAUAUCUGCAGCAAGAGGGAUUCACUAACAUAAUUUACACUAAUUUUAAAGAUCAAAAAUGCGAGGGAUUGAAAAAAAUUUUACCUUUGGCAACAAGUUUGAUAAAAGAUUCAAAUCGCUACAAUAGAACGAACAAAGAAGAUUAUGCAUUAAUGGUGAUUGGUGUACCAAACGUGGGAAAGUCGUCGCUGAUUAACCGUCUGAGAAACAGACACCUCCAUAAAUCCAACGCUACUAGUGUCGGUGCUGUAGCGGGUAUAACUCGAUCGGUAUUGACAAAAAUUAGAAUUAGCAAUAAUCCAUCCGUAUUUCUCUUUGAUACACCUGGCGUUUCAACACCUAAUGUUCCGAAUAUUGAAGUUGGUUUGAAAUUGGCUUUAGUAAGCUGUUUGCAGGAUCACUUAGUCGGACCAGAACUAAUGGCUGAUUAUUUACUAUACUGGUUGAAUAAACAAAACAAAUUUGACUACGUUGAAAAAUUAGGAGUACCAGAACCGUGCGAUAACAUAAUGGAAGUCCUUGUGUUAGCUGCGACAAAAUUGGGAAAAACGAAAAAAACUAAAAACUGGGAUGGUCAAAUUCUUAUAAGACCUGACACACAUGCAGCUGCUCAGUAUUUUCUGAAAAUCUUCAGAACCGGCGAACUUGGUCCUAUAUGUUUAGAUGCAGAUUUCCUCACAAAAUCAGAGUCACAAAGCUUAGUAAAUUCUACGUGAAUACCAGAAAAAUAUCAUAGUACGUUGAAUAUGCAAAAUUCAGUUACAAAUAUAGAACCUUACAGAAAAUGAGGAAAGUACUUCAUUACGUUGAAGCUUGGCUGCCCAUAUAUCUUGCAAACAUUGUUUCUUACAAUAAAACUACUCGCAUCAGAAAAUAAAUGUGAAUAAGUUGGCGUCAGUGCCAUAAGUACUUCAGGCUCGUCUCGGUGUAAAAAAUCGCGAAUGAAUCUGCUAGUGAUAAAACUUGUCAUUUCUAUUUUGUUACUUCUAUGAGACGGAAAAAGUUAUUCAAUCCAUAUGUAAUUAAUAAAAGCACUUCUGUCAUAUCCUAUUAUAGGCAGACAGUCGAUA